AUGACCACUGUCGCAAUAGACUACACCGCGCACCCACACAUCAUCGAUGCCAUCAUCGCAUUCUCAUCGACCCCCGUGCUUACCAAGUUGCGGUGUACCUCACGCGAGCUUCGGGACCGCAUCGACCGCAAGAUGUUCCACCACGUCGCACUACUCGAGUGGAGGAAGCCCAACCAACGAACAUCCGAGUCGAAGAAGCUCUUUCAACGGCCGUCGAUCCGGGAGCUCCGAGUCACCUCGGCUGGGCUAACGACGUACGCUGGCCCCGAAUCCCUCUCCACACGGUACCCGCUCGUCCCUUCCGCCGUGGAGAUUCUCGACAUUGUGCACCCUAUUCGUGCAGACAGUUUCGACUUUGACAAGCUCACAUCGGUCCACACCGUGCGGCGUAUGAACUACGCCGUGUGCUCAGUUGGCACAGGCAGCUACAAGACACCGCACACUCUCGUCGACUUCUGCUAUCUGUAUCCGCACGCCCGAAACGACAUGAGGCCCAUCCCCCUGCUCCCGCGAGCCAGUCGCUACGUGCUCCAUCUGAAAUGGGAGGAGUCGGACACGAUGGCGCUCUGGAAUUUCUUUAAUCUGGGGCACAUGGAUACGAUAACCGAGUUUGUCCUCGUUCUCCACCCAAACCCCGCUGAGGACGGCAGCCGAGCCGUCAUGGCUGAGAACUACGGUCUGAUAGACCUGGUCACUCAAACAAUUCCGGUGAUGGAACGCGGGGGCGAAGUGACGAUUGUUGGGCUGGAGCGUGUGGUUCCUCAACAGCUUCGACUCCACAUCGACGCUGGGGACGAGCCUGGUAUUGAGGCAUACGAGCCUUUCAGGGAGAAUCUCGUCGACCAUCUCAUCAACCAAGCGGACCACUUCAUCCAAGGCACCGACGAGGCACACCAUCGACAGAGCAUUCUCCAGCGCAUUCACUUUGUUCCGCUUGAAGGGUGGCUCGAAGGCCUGGGGAAUCGGAAGGAGUUGGAAGGCGUGUGGCCCUCGUGUGCAGACGAUGAGUUUAAGUACCCCCAGUUUCUCCGUUGAAUCAACAUCGCUGGUGCGACAAGCCUUCAUGGCGCCUGCUAUGACGGCUGUCAUAUUACUGUAUGGCUGCAUGUCAGACUCAACAGCGCACAAGAGACCCACCGCAAUUCCGUCCCCUGGGACACGGCCUAGUGCACACCUUGUCCCCGCCUAGUCAAGGUCAACCAGCACCAACGGAAG